GAGAUGGGCAGGGGAACGCCUUAGCCUAUUGAAGGCUAGGAAGCAGCUACAGGAAGAAAGUAGAGACCAAAUAUCCAUGCUAGUGAAGCCGGGGAAGAAAUUCAACAAAUUUGUCAAGCCGAUAUUAUUUUCCCACCAACUAGGAUUGCUCCAAUCAGGCCCGGACCAGAAGGUGUGGCUUCUGGUGUGCAUUUGUCCGGCUAAUCUAGGCCUUGGAUGGGGCUUGACAGGGUCCCUCUGCAGUUCUGAGUUUUUGGGGACAAGAGGAAACAAAACCAGGAGUCAAAACAACUAAACGAAGAAGGGUGAUGCCAUGGCAGCUAUUCCAACAACGUCAUCGGCCACAGAUUCUGGCACCAUCCAUGUUGAAAACAGCACACAAUCUUAAGACAGUAGCCAUCCCACUAUUCCUUCUUUGGCAAGUAGCUAUAACAAUUUGCAAUAAAUGUCACAGUAUGCUUCAGCAUCCAAAAGUUAUUUGAAAGGGAUGCUGACCAGUCCGUUCAUGAAGAAGAUGAACACGCCUGCGUCCCAAGAGGAUGCCAAUAUGGCUGUUAUAGGAGCUGUUAUUGCCGUGGUUUUUCUCACUCUCCUUUCAGUCGUUGUGAUAAUCGUUAUUUACCUGUACAAGAAUAAAGGCAACUAUCACACUUAUGAACAACCUGAAGCAGAUCCAGAGGGAUCAGUCCAAAUGGAAGACUUCCCCUAUAAACGUGAAAAAGAAGAGUACUUCAUAUAGAAGAUACCGGACUGCUGCCAUGUUUUAGACUGUCCUAACUUAAAUAAACAAAAGUUUUAAGUUUAUCAUUCUUUUACUCAAGGAAUUAAAGCUGUAUUAGUAA